CUGUUUAUAUUGCGGCUUUUCUUCAGAUUUUGCUCAGUCAGGAAUUUUGCUCUCGGUGUCUACUGCAAACUCACGGGUGGCCAUGACUGAGGAAACAGCCAGAGGGGACCCUGUUAAAGAUGAAGAGGCUCCUGUGGGAAAGGUUCAGCCUAGGGAGAAGUGGGCCAACAAAACAGAGUUCAUACUCUCCAUGGCUGGAGAAAUCAUUGGUCUUGGAAACGUAUGGCGUUUCCCCUAUCUCUGCUACAAGAAUGGAGGAGGUGUUUUCUUCAUCCCUUACUUUGUGUUCCUCUUCUUCUGUGGUAUCCCUAUGUUCUUCCUGGAAACGGCAUUGGGCCAGUACACCAGUGAGGGUGGGGUCACUGCCUGGAGGAAGAUAUGCCCUAUGUUUGAAGGGGUGGGGAUAGCAUCUCAAGUCAUUGUGAUAUAUUUAAACAUUUACUACAUUGUGGUGUUGGCCUGGGCUAUCUUCUACCUGAUUCACUCCUUCAAAAAUCCUCUGCCCUGGUCCACAUGUGACAACGUGUGGAACACUGCGUUAUGUCAUGGUCGAAUUGGCAUUUAUGCCAACCCUGAUUUGUUUCGAGUUGACUCCAACUGGUCAUUCCUACACAACAACACAUCACCUGACUACUUUGAAAACAACACUUACAUCAAUGACACUGACCAAAUACUGUUGGUCAAGUCACCAGAAGAGGAGUUCUGGAUUAACCGUGUGUUAAGACUGUCAGAUGAUUUGUCCCUGGGAAAGGUACACUGGGACCUGGCUCUCUGUCUCCUCGCUGCCUGGGUUAUAUGCUACUUCUGCAUCUGGAAGGGAGUUAAAUCCACAGGAAAGGUGGUGUACUUCACUGCUACCUUCCCCUACCUGAUGCUGUUCAUCCUCUUCAUUCGUGGAGUGUCUCUCCCAGGUGCUGCAAAGGUUCCAUCGUCCCAAGUUGACAUCCAUUUCACCGUGACAGGCCGGGCGCCUGCGGGGGAACACCCACAGAAAGGGGCUCUCUCUCUCCCAUACCGACAUCCAUCUUACCCGCACAGGCCAGGCCUGCAGGGGAGCACCCCCAGCAGGGUGCUCUUCCCUGACUGCCUCUCCACAGUCCUCGGUCUCCUGGAAGUAUGGCGUGAUGCAGGGACCCAGGUGUUUUUCUCCUACGCUGUGUGUCAGGGAGUACUGACUGCUCUGGGAAGCUACAACAAAUACAACAACAACUGCUACAGGGAUUGCUUGGCACUGUGUUGUCUGAACAGUGCCACCAGUAUCUUUGCUGGUUUUGCUGUGUUCUCAGUGCUGGGAUUCAUGGCUGAUGACCUCGGCAUAACGAUGGAGGAAGUUGCUACUAGUGGUCCUGGACUGGCCUUCAUAGCCUAUCCUAAGGCUCUGUCGUUGCUUCCUGGCUCAUCCUUCUGGGCUGUGCUCUUCUUCCUCAUGAUCCUCUUCCUGGGCCUAGACAGUCAGUUUGUGUGCGUGGAGAGCCUGUCCACAGCCAUCACAGACAUGUUCCCACAUAAGCUGAGGAGGCCUGGUGCCAGAGAGAAACUGGUCCUGGUCAUCGCUGUUGUCUGCUUCCUACUGGGGCUGCCACUCAUCAGUGAGGGAGGGAUAAUCCUCUUCCAGUUGAUUGAUACCUAUGGUCCCAGUGGGACCACUCUCCUGCUCAUUGCCUUGAUUGAGGCUGUUGUCAUUGCCUGGGUGUAUGGUGUGGACCGUUUCUAUGACAACAUUGAGGACAUGAUCGGGUACCGGCCGUUCCCUGUGCUCAAGUACUGCUGGUUGUUCAUCACGCCGCUCAUCUGUGGGGUCACACUACUGUAUAUCAUUGUGCAAACACAGCCGCUUAAGGUGUAUGGUCAUGAACUUGGCUCCUGGGGCGCCACAUUGGGCGCUCUACUUGUCAUCACUCCAAUUAUAUGCAUCCCAGUGUUCAUUGUGGUCACACUGUGUAGGAAUCCCCACAAGAUGACUACUCCAUCCAGUGACCUGCGCCAGGCUCGAUCAGACAAACCAGUGCUCACACUAUGUAAACGCGUCAUCUUCAAGGCACAGGGGCCUCUAACCAGAAGUAUGGACGAAUGCAAUGAGAAGAUGAUGAUGAAGGAACCCAGCAAGCUUCUCUGUACACUGAGUGUCAACACACUGUCCUGA